AUAUAAGAUGCUGUACCCGCGUUGUACUAGACCGGUACCGGCUGUAGGCGAGCAAAGACAGUGAGGUAGUACGGAUUAGUACGCUCGCGCAGUUAGAGCUCGGCGUAGAGAAGCUAAAGACGUCCAGGCGUAUAAAUCUCUUUUCUUCCCCUCGCUUUCGAAGCCACGCCGCAUUCUUACCAGUCAGCCGGGACGAGUCGAGACGACUCCCAUUUUAACAUUCACGGCUUUCCGGCGCUUAAGUAUCUUCCCGCGAGGUGCGAUCGCACGAUCGUCCCUUCCCACGUGAGAAAGCAGAGAGAAACUUUUGCCGAAUUGAAUAGAAUCGUCGAGGAGUGUCGAGGUGGUACCGCGCGCGGUGGCUCUGAAAAAUGGAGAUUUGCAAUCGGGAGGACCUACUGUACGAUGUGCCAUGCGGAAAAGCGUCGCGCGUCGUUGAGAACGGGGAGAAACUCCGGCGGGAGAAAGUUUCCACCCUGCGGGAACUUAUAGAUGCGCUGCACGAGGCCUUCGAGACGGAUCAUGUGAAUAUCGAUCACGUUCAGGACCUGAUGACGAGCUACAAGAGCAAUCCCGCGGAGUGGAAGAAAUUUGCCAAGUUCGAUAGAUACAGGUAUCUGACAUAUUUAUGUACUCGGUUUGACAGAAUACGAUUUUAUAUAUCUCUUAUAUCUUUCCUUCUUCUAAGAUUAAUUAUCCUUCUUUUUUUAUAUUUCAUAUCUCAUACGAGAUACGCGUGGCCCGAGGGAUCCGCGACGGAAGACGGUGUGGAAGAGCUCAGGGAACUUGAGAGGAACACACUUGAUACGAACGAGAUAUGUUACAUCAAUGAUUCCUUGGGUUUGCAUCGCGUUGAAAAUCCAAGUGCGAUGAAUCCUGCGGUCUCUCUGCAUUUGUACUCACCGCCGUUUGAUAGCUGUUCGGUUUUCAACAAACAAACCGGACAAAAGUCUACGUGUAAGGUUACAUUUUGGUCCAAAUAUGGGGAGAGAAGGAACCGGGAAAUUCAAGACACCAGGACCCCAGAGGAUAACUAGUCUAAGCAAAGACGCAGAAACUCCAUUACCAGCGAUAUACCAAUUAAGCGUUAAUAUUUUAAUCAGAUGCAGAAAAUGAUUUGGAACAUUUUACAUUGAAUUUGGAUGCUCAAUUUACAUAAAUUAAUCUUUAAGAAUUGUACUAUUGUCCAAUUUUCAUUGCGUAAUCGUUGUUAAGUACUUAAAUUUACUUGUAAGGAUUUGUAGAUAUUUUUAUAUAAGAAUAACCA